GCAACUUUGAGCUGUAUCUGUUGUAGGCUUGUAGCACUCCCGAGUCGCGUUUCUAGCACGCUGUGUGCGCCCUGGAUCACUGAAAGAGGCCCGAAUCCUUAUGCAACCGAAGCUCGGAGCUGUGACUCCCUUGCUGAGUCUCCUGGCUGCUUCGAGUGCUCUCGCUGCCGGGUUAGACAAGACACACGGUGUUCACCCGAACCUUCUCUCUCAAUACGUACCACUGAAGACCUCAUCUUCACCGCAAACGUGGAAGUGCCUAGACGGGUCAAAGGAAAUACUCUGGUCGUCUGUAAACGACGACUACUGUGACUGUCCAGACGGAAGUGAUGAGCCAGGAACUGGCGCUUGCCCUAACAGUACAUUCUACUGCCGAAAUGAAGGACACCUUGGUUCGAUCAUUCCUGCUUCGAGAGUAAAUGAUGGGCUAUGCGAGGCCGAGUGCUGUGACGGAUCUGAUGAAUUACCGGGUGUGUGCCCGAACAUCUGUAAGGAGGUCGGGGAAGCCUACCGGAAAGCGCAAGAGGAAGUGCGGAAAGUGCGGAAGAAGGGUUCCAAAAUUAGGUCUUCAUACAUUGCAUUUGCACAGAAAGAAAAGAAACGCCUGGAGGGGCUCAUCGAGAGUACCACAGAAGAGAUUGCGCAACGGCAAAAGGAAGUGGAGAGGCUUAGGGAUAUCGUUGAGCGUUCCGAAUCAUUAUCCGCUGCUGCCCUGGAACAUAAGAAGGCCUCUCCGUUAUAUGAAACCCUCAUUGAGCAUGCGAACGCCCUGAAAUCCCUGCAGAGGGAACACAAAAAACACCUUGAGCGCAAAAAGGCGCUGGGGCAAAUCCUCGACGCCCUGCGGACUGGGUACAAUCCCAACUACCAGGAUAUGGCCGUACUCGAAGCCGUCCGCGGCUGGGAGAGUCUCGCCGGUCUGCCCCACAUCAAUGAUGUAAGGAAGGAGGAAGAGGGCUCCGACGAGGGUGCUGUCGUCAAGACCGAGUCGGAUGACGAGGAGGAACUCGAUGAGGGUAUGUGGACUGCUGAGGACCUGGAGAAAGACCUGGACAACCUCCUCAAGACCGACUAUGUGUCGCUACUUCUCGAACACGAGAAGCAUGUCAAUUCGCCUAUGACGGAUUCUAUUCUAUUUGAUCUCGCCGCCUAUCUACCCGACGCGCUCGUUCCUCAAUACGAGACUUUCCGAGAGACCGUCAUCUCUUGGUUGCGGACCCUAGGUAUCGUCCACCGUGGUGUAGAUGACUCGGGCGAAAACACAAAGUUGAGACAAUCUCUGACUGAAGCGGAGCAAGCCUUGCGACGUGCCGAGAAUGACAAGAAGAAGGCUGAAGAUGACCUCAGUGAUCUCUUUGACCCCGAAGGCUACGGCGCCCAGGGUGAGUGGAAGAAGCUCGAAGGUACAUGCUUGGAGAAGGAUGUCGGAGACUAUACUUACGAGGUCUGCCUCUUCGACGAGGCCAGGCAAAAACCGAACAAGGGUGGUCAAACGUUCAGCUUAGGGAAAUUCCAUUCUUGGAACCCGGAUGCGCAGCCAGGUAACCCGGAGUACUACACCAAGCAGCUCUACAGGGGUGGCACCAAGUGCUGGAACGGUCCGAACCGUAGUGUCAUGCUUAUCUUGUCUUGUGGGACGGAGAACGCGAUUCAUACCGUCGCGGAACCUGAGAAGUGCGAGUACCACUUAACGGGGACUACGCCAGCGUUGUGUCUUCCCUUCGACUCUUCAUCGGAAGAAAAGAGAGAUGAGUUGUAGAGUUACAGUGAUUAGAUAUGUGUAUGGACUUCCAUGAUACUGUCUGAGUGUGUUGGCUAGUGAGGCUAUCUCAUGUUCUGAUUGAGAUUUCUUGGUCAAAGUUG